GAGUAGUAAGAGGAAAUGUUGAUUUUACAGGCACGGUCGGAGGAGCAGGUGGCAGCAGCUCGAGCAUGGCUGGACGCGGAGCGGGUGUGGCUAGUGCACCGUGGCGGGUUCUGUGCGGCGAGGCAGCUGAGGGAGACGGACUCUGGAGAGGCGCUACCAGAGGGACGUGUCAGACUCAAGCUCGAACACAACGGCGACGUGAUCGAGGUGGACGAGGAUGACGUCGAGAAGGCCAACCCUCCACCCUUCGACCGUUGUGAGGACCUGGCUCAGCUGCGCUACCUCAACGAGUCGUCCGUCCUGCACACCCUCCGUCAGCGUUACGGCUCCAACCUCAUCCAUACGUACGCCGGCGCCGCCAUGGUCGUCAUCAACCCCACCAGUCCCCUGGCUAUCUACUCCGAGAAGGUGAUUCAAAUGUUUAAGGGAUGCAAGCUAGAGGACAUGCCACCUCAUAUAUACUCGGCAGCUCAGGCUUCCUACCGGGACCUUCUAGCCACCAGACGUGACCAGAGUAUCGUGUUCUUGGGCCGCUCCGGAGCUGGAAAGACGACGAAUUUCAGACAUAUACUUCACUAUCUAGCUUUAGCUGCGGGGGUAACCAAUAAAGUACUUACAGUGGAAAACUGAAUGCCAUAUCAACGUAUUGAAGCUUUUGGCAACAGUCGGACAGUAAUGAACACAAAUGCCACGCUUCACCAGAUAUUCAGCCUUGAUUUUGAUCACUCUGGACAAAUUGCAUCAGCUUCAGUACAAGUAAGAAUUCUCCAAAAAAACUCGAGUGGUUCGCGACCUGAAGGGGAACCAAACUAUCAUAUAUUCUAUCAACUCCUCUCUGGUGCAGACAAUGACCUCCAGGAUCACUGGGCCUUGACAACCUGUCUGAGCCAAACCUCUUAUGACACCACUACAAAGGAGUGAAGAUCGACAAAAGGCUGGCAUAGCUUGGGCGAGAAUCGGGCUGCUCUUGGCGUACUGGGAGUAUCACCUGAUGAACAGAAUACUAUUUGAGUGUCCUGCAGCAAUAUAUCAUCUUGAACUGCAGGAGCUGUUAGAACUGCCACUGGUAACAAGUUCCAGUUCAGUAAGCCAGGCAGUGCCCAGCGUGCUCAACCCUCCUUGGAACAUCAGUUGAAGAAUUGGCUCGUUCUAUCUUUUAUGCCACACCUACCACACCUUCUACUAGAGCCUCAUUCAGAACUGCAUCACCAACAGAGGCCCACUGAGGCGUCCUGAAGGUCUGGAGGCUCUAGAGGGCAUGGCAACUGGUCUAUAUAGUGAAGCAUUCAAUGCCAUUGUGGCUCUCAUCAAUAGGUGUAUAUCAACGUCAGCUCACACUUCCAACUCCAUACUGGUGGUUGAUGCACCAGGCCUGCAAAAUCCAGCUUCAUGGGAGGAC